AUGUCUAUCCCUAUGAACACUUUGCACGUUGCGACAGAGGCUGUCCAAGCAACUGCCCUGGCGUCUCGUAUUAUUUGCUUCCUUGCUUUCACUUCUGACCUCUUCCAUGGCCCCCGAGAUACCUAUCAAAUCGGCGGAUUGGUGGGUCAUAAAACUGUUGGGGAUGUCAUAGGCGAGCUAUCAGAUGCUCACAACAAGUUGAAUGGCUCUAGCUCCUCGAGGCCCGACAACAAAGAUCUGCGCAGACUUGGUAGGGAAAUCACAGAACUAUCAAGGCGGCUCUCAAAUAUCAUCACUGAAUUCAAAGAGGCAGAGCUAAAGGGUCGAGAAGCAGCAUGGCCAGGGCUCCUAGAGGCUGGGAAAACCAUUCGUCGCGACGAAGAAGCGCUACAGCUAGAGAACGAUCUCCAUGGUUACCAAGGUCACAUCAUCGCGACGCUGACUUCCUUUGUCAGACCGAAAAUAGACAGAUUGUUUGACUUGAUGUCCGCCAGAAACGUCAAAACAGGGUACAGUGACAUCCAAGAUGUCGUCAAAUCUUUGAACGAAGGCCUCUCUGCUUGCACCAGAGUGCACGAGGACGAGCGGAUCCAACAGCUUGUACGAGUGCAACAACAAGAACUUUGGAGGAUCCGGAAAUUUAUCGUCUUGAACAUUCUCGAAUACGACAAGAUGCGGCAUCGCCGGAAGGAGGUCCAGGAGCAGCUUGCCAAGAUUCAAGAGGAGCUGACGCCCUAUGGAGGAAUAUUUCCCUGGGCUUUUGGCGUCGAUGAAGAUGAGGUUGGAGAUGAGGAACAGAUGUUGAAGUACAGAACUAGAGAUGAUUUUGCGGACUGGCUUGCAUCACAGGGAGGGACGUUUUACAUUCGAGGGAAGCCAGGAUCAGGGAAGACCAUCCUCAUGGAGUACUUGUUCAGUCAUCCCACAACAAUGAGGGAGCUCGAAAAGAGAUCCAAAUCGAAAAAAGCCAUCUGUCUUGUACACUUCUUCUCCACCUUGGUCGGAGGCGACCAGCAGACUCUCACCGGUCUUCGAAGAACACUCCUUCACGACUUGCUCGACCAGCACCCCGCAUUCAUUUCCGACUUGGCGCUAUCCGAAGCCGAGUUGGAUGAAAAGUCCAUUGCCCACUGGGGAGGUGGAAACGCCAAAAACGCACUGAGCUCAGCACUCGACAGUAUCCUCGAAAAGGCCGUCAAGUCUGGAACCUGUGUCUGUCUUUUCAUCGACGGUCUUGACGAGAACCAGAAUCCCAAUAAGCCAGGACAGGACGAUUUGAUCAUUCAACUCAAAGCAUGGCAAGACUUGGGCGUCAAGUUGUGCGUGGCUAGCAGAGAAGACCCAGCUUUCGAACAUCUCCCAGCCCAGAAGACCAUGACCCUACAUCAACUCACAUCUUCUGAUACAAAGCGUUCGUUCACACAAUGGCUUAAUCAGUUGGAAAAUGUCAACCAAGAGACAACUGAACUCCUUGGGAAGGAGAUGUCUGUCAAGUCAGGGGGCGACUUUCUCUGGCUUGCGCUCGCCAUGAAAGAUGCCCGUGGAUGGCUAUCUACCCAAACAGAAGUCAAGUCCGCUCAACUCCCGUUGGGUACUAUCCCACCUACAUUAGAUGACAUUCUUUGGAAUGCACUUGACAAUAUCAGAGAUGGUAAACACGGACAACUGAAAGCAUCAUCAACUCUUUUGAUGCUGCAUCUUAUGGAAAAGUACAACCUUGAUCUUGACUUGAUAGGGUACUCCUUCCUCGACGCCUACUUCAGGGACCCUCAAUUCGCAGACAGACUUUACAAGUCACGUCUGGAGGAUUUUGACCAGGCUGCUCAGAGUGCUCGUGCCGUCUUAGCUCGUCGUCGGCUUGCCAAUCUUUGUGGAGGGUUUGUCGAAGCAAGUCGUGAUUCUCAGCAGCUGAAGUACACACAUCGCCUGACAAAAGAUUUCUUGCAGCGCGUCGAUGUUCAUCAACGCCUCGUGGAUUUUUCCAAGGGCUGCAGCAUUGGUGAUAUGGCAUCCAACCUCAUCCUUGCUAGCAAGAUUCUCACUCUCGCCGACGGUCGUACAAUGCCCGAUACGGAGGUACAGCAGUUGCUGCAAAUCCGUAUCGACGGAAGACUGGAUAAGGAGCCUUACGUCUUCUUGAACAUCUUUGGGAGCCUCCCUCUUCCGAUAGAUCUUCUGAAACCCUCUCGAAGCGAGAUUACCGAAGAAACCAAUGCCGAGAAUCACUCCAAGGAUGAUUUUAAAACAGCCAAUCUGGGACUCAAGUUGAUGGAAAAGCUGUACUGCUCGCCCUUUUUCAUCUUGACCCUCAGGGGCAUGUACGAGUAUCCUUCCUGGAAGCUGCAAAACGACCGGACCUUUCUCAACACCGAAGAAGAGGUCUUUUAUAUGACUGAUCUUGUGAUCGCUAGGGCUUUCUACUGCAAGCUAGAAGAGUCAGAAUUGCGGUUCAUCCAACUCUUCUUGGAAUGUAGACGAGAAUUCUUUGAAGCUGGGAUUCGGUGCUGCGCAGUACACCACAAACAGAAGCAAAGUAUCAUUCAACUUUAUCUCAGCAAGGUCGUGGUUCAACAAAAUCUCAAUCCCAGAUCUAUACCUCCUCCUCUUUCGAAAGCAAACCAAACAGCCAACAUUGGGCUGAUGAUCGAGUUGCUCCUGCGUUCCGGUUUGGUCAACAAGCCGUGGUUCAAGAUCACAAUGAUCACCACGCAAGGACGGAGAGAAGAGAUGACAUUCAGAGCUUGGAUCAUCAAACUCAAUCCGCCAAAUAAGGAUAGAAUUUUGCAAGCCAUGCCAUGGAACACGGUAGCCAGGGUUGUGGGUGUGGCGAUGGGCAUUUUGGUAGGCGUCUUGAUAUAUCUUAUCGCGACGUAUACGGAGCAGAAUUGGAUGUACGCUCUUAUGAUGCUUCCUGGAAUUUGGAGAUUUUGUCGGGGACGCGAGAUGAUUCCAAAGGUUCGGUGA